AACAUGGCUGCGCCGCGCCACAGCCGGAGCGUAGAUUCAGCACCCGGCCCGGGGGCGGCUUUUGCUGCUGCUGCUUUUGCUGGCGUGCGGGCGGCAGGGAGCGAAGAGGCCGGGGCCGGUGCGGGCGCGGCAUCCCUCGCGGGCUCCUGUGGCUGUGGCACGCCGCAGCGGCCCAGGGCCCACGGCAGCUCGGCGGCAGCGCCCCGGUACUCGCGCGAGACGAACGCCCUGGGCCCGGUCCCCGGAGAGCCGGCGUUCGUGCCCACCAAGAUGGUCGCCAUCCCUGCUGGCGUCUUUACAAUGGGCACAGAUGAUCCUCAGAUCAGGCAGGAUGGGGAAGCACCUGCAAGGAGAGUCACUAUUGAUGCCUUUUACAUGGAUGCCUACGAAGUCAGUAAUGCUGAAUUUGAGAAGUUUGUGAAUGCAACUGGCUAUUUGACAGAGGCUGAGAAGUUUGGCGACUCCUUUGUCUUUGAAGGCAUGUUGAGUGAGCAAGUGAAGACUGAUAUCCAACAGGCACUAUUUGAUUUUUCUUCCUUGAAGUUUCUCCUUGGUGUGGAUUUCUGUUCUGGAAAGGAUCUGUGGCAGGUUGCAGCUGCUCCUUGGUGGUUACCUGUUAAAGGUGCUAACUGGAAACACCCAGAGGGGCCCGAUUCCACUGUUCUGCACAGGCCAGAUCAUCCAGUUCUCCAUGUCUCCUGGAAUGAUGCAGUUGCCUACUGCACGUGGGCAGGGAAGCGGUUGCCCACGGAAGCUGAGUGGGAGUACAGCUGUCGAGGAGGUCUGCAAAAUAGGCUUUUCCCUUGGGGCAACAAGCUGCAGCCAAGAGGCCAGCAUUUUGCCAACAUUUGGCAGGGUGAGUUUCCUGUGACCAACACCGGAGAGGAUGGCUUCCGAGGAACUGCGCCCGUCGAUGCCUUUCCUCCCAAUGGUUAUGGCUUAUAUAACAUAGUAGGUAAUGCAUGGGAAUGGACUUCAGACUGGUGGACCGUUUACCAUUCUGUUGAAGAAACAGUCAACCCAAAAGGCCCCCCUUCUGGGAGAGACCGUGUAAAGAAAGGUGGAUCCUAUAUGUGCCACAAGUCUUACUGCUAUAGGUAUCGCUGUGCUGCUCGGAGCCAGAACACACCUGAUAGCUCUUCAUCAAACUUGGGAUUCCGUUGUGCAGCUGACCGUGUGCCCACCAUGGACUGACAGCUAGGAAGAACCCACUGGAAUCCAAGAAGUCAUGUCUAACCUGCACUCGACUUUCAUCAGAACUCUGAAUAAUGUUGUGCAAAGUAUUCCCACCCUGAGGUUCCAUCAGUGGCUUUCCAUGCACUUUCAUGAGGAGCAGUAGCCAUACCGUGGUCUGUAGAGGUCCGCGUUCUUCAGGGGAUACAGCUCAGAGAAAGCUGAUGCAUACAGACACAGCACAAGGCAGCAAGUGGGACAGUCUACAUCCAGUGGCUGGUUGAUGCAAGAAUAUGAAGGUCCCUGGAUGGCUACAAUGUGGAUCAACCUUGAAAGGUCACCUCAGCUUCAGAGCUCCUUGUGGGUUGGCUGAGGAUCCGUUGAGAUUUCAUGGCAACCCAACUUUACCUUUGCCCAGUCUUGCUCCUUUCUUUCCAUUCCACUGAUGUUCAUCAUAGCACACUGUACUGCUCUUCUUGUGUUCCAGUCUUCUCGGAGUUGGCCUCCUAGAGAACCCAAUCACAGAACUUCACAGAGGAAAUGAGAUUUGAAUUGAGAGUAAAGAGAAAUUGAAAAGGAGUCAAUAAGCAGCAAAAAGAAGAGUAGAGGGAUUGAAGAUGGGAGUGUCCCAAGGGAGGAAAUACAUCAUGCAUGAAACUUCCCCUAAUGUUUGUUUAGGACUGGGAGAGCUACUCAGAAGGGCUACAUUAUAAAAUGAGACAGGAGGGGGAUGUUUUUGAAAAGGUAGACUGUGGACAUUUAGGGACCUUAGUAAGGAAUUUGGUCUUUAUCCUAAAGAUAAUGGCAGGCUUAUCACACUCACCUUUAAUAGUUUGUUCACUCAACAGUAUCCAUGAAGUGCUGGAGAGAUUCCAGAGCAAAACCAGACCUGGUCCCAGACCUCAAAGAGCUUAUGGCCUAACAGAGGAACUAGACAUAAAUCAAACACACAUAUGCCAAAUUUGCAUGCACAACCACUCCAUUAGAGGGGUUCAAGACUGCUACAACAUGUCUCAGUACACAGACCCCCUUACUUCAUUUUUCAAAGGUUUUCCUCUUAAGCGAUAUUAAGUGUUUCAGGACUGAAGAUUGCUUUUUGUCCUUAUUUCUCCAGGACGUAGCAGAGUAGGUGUUCAGAAACAUUUGUUGGAUACAUUAUGAGGUCAGAGACCCAACUUCACAUGGCCUAGCCCAUAUUAGAUACUUAAACUUUUGUAAACUAAUUGAGUGAAUAACAGAAUAUUUAGUUGACAAGGUGGUUCAACCAUAACUACUUAUCAAGUGCUGACCUUUGCAAAGAAAAAUAAGAACAAGGUGUCAUGUUGUUCAUAAAGCUAUAAUGACUUCAUUUUAAGAACUGAGAGAUUUUAAGAGAUCAUGUGUUGACCUUCCCUGUGUAAAUAAAUAUUGGCUUUUAAAAAAAUAUUCAUAUGGGGCCAAAAAAGUCAACGAUUUAGCCCUAAUAUUUAUUCAUCUUGAACUAAUCAAAAAUUUGACAACAAUUUUGGCAAAGCAAGUUAGGAUUGCGGGUGAUUUGGUGUCUGGUGAAGAUCAAGGAUUGGGCUUGAUUUCUUCCCUUGAGAAAGUUGAGGAUCUGUAUGAUUGGGAAGAGGAAUGUUGGUUAAUGAGUACAAACACUUAAAAAAAACCAAUGAAAAUAAAUGCAAAUAGAAGAUACUCAAUUAUGUACAAAUGUAGGAAAGGAAAAAUAUAUUUUAGCCUUGUUUGGCACUUUUCUCUGUUCAUCUACUGUGCCCAAAUGCUUUGAGAUAGUGGCAUGUUAGAAAAGGUAGAUGGAAGUGGUCAAGGGAUGGAGGGAAGGUGGAGUGUGGAAUGUGGAAUGUCAGAGCAUGGUAAGCAGAGAUCAUGGGACACGUGGAGUGGGAAUAAGUAAUAUCAGUGCUUUGUAAUUGGUUGUCCUUGUAAAUUUAGGAAGCAUUGAAUGUGCCUGGACCAGAGGACUAUCAAAAGUUAUCAAAAAUGGCACAGAGAAGGGAUGACAAGUAGUCAUUUGUUUUUUUCCUAGUUUAGCUGUGGGGUGUGGCAGUGAGGGCAAGACUGGGCAGGUAACUGAAGAAGAUGAUGACAAGGGGACAUCAGGUUGAUAGAAGUGAUGGACAGCUGAUUGGUUGCAAAAAGAGAAACAGGAGAAGGGAGGCAAGCAAGGUAGGAAGAAGUGAUAGGAGAUAGAAUGUGACUCCCUUGUUAUUUUAGCUCUGUAUUAGCCAUGUAAGCAAGAAGCAUAAGAGAUGGAGUGUGAAAAAUUCCAGCAAUGUUCAGACAUCUGGAUGAAGACAGUGCAGAGUGUUCCUCAAAGAAGGCAAGGGUGAGUACAGUGUAAAGUAACCUGCCCCCUCCUCAAACAUGCUUUAGUGUCCUCUAAAGGCAGAGUUACGCAACCUGCUCCUUUAUGCUUCUCCCAGAAGGGAACACCAUAAUCAAAGGUAAGGGUUAGAGAGAGCUUAGCUUUUCAAGGUGGACCUCAGAGAAACGAAGGAAAAACAAUGAGAGAGAGAGGGGAUUUGGAGAGGUCAUGUUUAGAAGUUUGGUCAUCACCUUAAAAGUGAUGGGGUGGUCAUUGAAGGUUUAGAGGUGGACAGUGCAUUGUGAGGAAGGGAUGGGAGGGUGGAAAAGCUGGAGGCUGAGAGUUUGAGGCAGGAAGAAGUGAUGAAAGUGUGGAAUAAAAUGGUAAGUGGGGUAAAAAGUAGCUUCUGUGAGUUAAUUUUAUACUCAUGACUUGAGUUCUGUAGUAGUCUUAACUGGGAAGUGAGUUCCUUCUCCCAUAUAAGCAUCAAGGCACACACAGC